AACGAAUCCAGAUUAUAUGAAAAAUAACUUUUUUAUUAGCAUUGAAACAAUGCACAGUCCAGAUGCUGGCGAUCAAAAAAAUGCCCAUGAUUUGCCUCCAGAAAAACUGAAGCAUCGAGAUGUAGUUUUUAUUGAUAUUGCCAAUGAUCCAGUUGAAAGUAGGGAUUACAAAGAAUCAGAAGAUCCAACUAAAUUUAAGUCAGAGAAGACAGGAAGAGGACCAUUAAUAGGAAACUGGCAGAAAAACUGUACUCCUAUAAUGUGUGCCUAUAAAUUAGUGACCGUAGAAUUUAAGUGGUUUGGACUACAGAAUCGUGUGGAAUCUUUCAUUCAAAAGACAGAACGGAGAAUUUUUCUUAAUUUUCAUCGCCAAGUAUUUUGUUGGCUAGAUCGAUGGCAUGGCAUGACUAUGAAAGAUAUUAGGGAAAUUGAAGAAAAAACUAAGAGAGAAUUGGAUGAACAACGCAACAAAGGACAUGUUAGGGGCACUCAAGAAAAUUGACCUCUGAGAAGUUAGGCGCUCCAUCACCAGUUCCUUUGUAAAUCAGACAAUGCUCCGCCCACUGCCUAAUUCAUACAAUGUCUAAGGAAGCAAUUCAGUUUGUGAAAAUGGGUAAAUAUGGUACUGGACCAUCAUUAGUGUUAUAAAGAAUCAUAAAACUGUUUGUUGUAAACAUUAGCUUUGAACAAA